AUGACGGCGAUCUACAUCAAGAAUCGCCUACCAUCGCCCAAGUGCCAAGAUCAAACCCCGUUCGAGAUCGUCAACGGAUUUCGACCAAGUGUGAAGCACAUGCGGGUUUUCGGCUGCCGAACGUUUGUGCUGACCCCUAAGGAAAAGAGAUCGAAAUGGGAUCCAAAGGCUCGUGAAGGACAAUUCAUGGGGUACGAAGAAGUGUCAAAGGCAUAUCGCGUUUACGACAUUGAAGCGGAUCAAGUGGUGAUAUCUCGCGAUGUCACAUUCGACGAAUCAACGUUUGGUUUCUCGCCGACGCUACCACAAGAAAUUGUUGAUGACACUGCGCUGGAUAUCGAAUCGAUGAACAUUAGCGAUGAGCCUCACCCUAUGGAGUUCAAGCAAAUUGGAAAACGCAAAAGCCGUUCAAACAGCCAAGAACAAGCUCUGCAACGGACACUUCCUGAGCGUCGUGGAACCGGGUUCGAAGAAGCAAGUGCACCGGAUGACUUUGAAACGCACCAAGCGAAGCGACGGUCAAGCGCUCGAGCCAAUCUGGACGAAGAGCAAAAGGGCAGUGACGAAGAUAACGAGGAUGCUACACCUCAAGUCUUUUGGCGAGCGAGUGUCAACGCAGUCGAAGGUACUGACUUGUCUGAGCCGACAACGUUUAAAGAUGCUGUUGAUGGACCGGAUCAAGUGCAUUGGUGUGAAGCAAUCUGUGCUGAGUUGGACUCGAUGAAACUUCGUGGCGUGCUUCGAGCGCCCAAACAGCCAGCUGGACAGCAUACCAUUGGCACCAAGUGGGUAUUCAAUAUCAAGCGGAAAGCUGAUGGAUCCAUCGAGAAAUACAAGGCGCGUCUCGUGGCAAAAGGGUUCAAGCAGAAAUAUGGCAUCGACUACACGGAGACGUUUUUGCCGGUAGUCAAGUACGUGACGCUGCGCAUGGUAGUUGCAAUCACGAAGUACUUUGACUGGACACUGUGA